GACUCGAAGCUGGAGUCAUAUGACUGCGACCGUGGGAUUCCCCAGAGGCUGGCAGAGAUGGUGCCGAAGCAGUACCUUGCCGUGGUGUCGCCGCUGCUCCUCCUUUCACUGGCGGCUUUCAGUUCAGGCUUUUUGCUAAAGGAAUCAAAAGAACCAAAGCAGGCAUGGGGGUAUGUCCCUGUCAGAAGCAAUGCAAGCAUGUUCUGGUGGCUGUACUAUGCAGACAACCCUGCCAAGAAUUUCACAGAGCUUCCUCUUAUCUUGUGGCUUCAAGGAGGCCCAGGGGCUUCAGGCUGCGGAUAUGGAAACUUUGAAGAGAUUGGCCCUUUAGAUGCUGAUCUGAAGCCACGAAGGACAACUUGGUUGCAGGCCGCAAGCGUGCUGUUCAUUGAUAACCCUGUCGGCACUGGCUACAGCUACGCUAAUGACAGCAGUGCAUAUGCCACCGAUCUCUGUAUGGUCACAUCGGAUAUGAUGGUCGUUCUUAGGAAAUUCUUCAGCUCGAGGACAGAAUUCCAGAAAAUCCCCUUCUACAUCUUUUCAGAAUCUUAUGGUGGGAAAAUGGCCGCUGCCAUUGCUUUGGAGCUCCAUAAGGCAGUUCAAGCCGAGACGAUCAAGUGCCGUUUUCUCGGGGUAGCCCUUGGUGACUCAUGGAUUUCUCCUCUAGAUUCUGUGCUGUCCUGGGGGCCUUACCUUUAUAGCACUUCUUACCUCGAUGAUAAAGGUUUAAAAGAAGUGACCGGUGCUGCCAAAAAGAUCCUGAAUGCCAUGAAUAACAAGGAAUACAAAUUGGCAACAUUGCUUUGGAGUAAGGCGGAGGAUAUCAUAGAAGAGAACACGAAUGGUGUGAAUUUCUAUAACAUCCUAACUCCGGAAACUUCGUCCCUUAUAUCUGUUACGAGUGAAUUGACUCCCUUUUUGAAACUCUUCCAGCGUCAUGUGCAAUAUCAAAAUAAAGACAAGCUGAGUGACCUGAUGAAUGGACCGAUCAGAAAAAAGCUGAAAAUAAUUCCAGACCGUGUCAAAUGGGGAGGCCAGGCACAAGACGUUUUCACACACAUGGCUGAAGACUUUAUGAAACAUGCAAUAGACAUCGUAGAUGACCUGCUGGAAGCCAAUGUCAAUGUUACUGUUUAUAAUGGACAGCUGGAUCUCAUUGUUUCCACCAUAGGCCAAGAAGCAUGGGUCCGCAAGCUGAAAUGGCCCAAGCUGAAGCAGUUCAGUGACCAAAAAUGGCAAGCUUUAUAUGCAUGCUCCAAAACUGAAGAGACGGCGGCUUUUGUCAAGUCCUAUGAUAACUUAGCCUUCUACUGGAUUCUAAAGGCCGGGCACAUGGUACCUGCUGACCAAGGUGAUAUGGCACUGAAGAUGGUUCGGAUGGUGACUCGCCAAGAUCACUAGCAGAAUCGAGGCCAGCUGGCUUGGCUUCCUUGAGAAUUGUGAUGACCUGCCCUGCCUUUUUUCAAUUGCACAUUGGACUGCAGCAGGAACAGUGGUUGUUCAGCGCUGCUGUCUGCCUCUGCCAUUGGACUCUAUGCAAGAUAUUUCAAGGAGGGGCCGAUGCGGCCCUUGAGCAGGCACAGCCGUGAUUACUGUGAUUCUCUGUUCCCGCACUGCAUCCACUGACUUCCAGUGUGAUGAACCAUUCACUGAAGGAGCAGCUUUGUGCCGUGUUACUUCUUGUAUAAAAUGUUAGGUGCUUUUGAUCAACUUCACGCUUAGGCAAAAAUGUUUCAACAGUCCUUUUACAGCUUAUUCCAAAGCAUGUUUACCAGGGAGUACAUCUUGCUGAGUGCUGUAGGCUUAGGCCCAUACAGCACAUACAGUGGAAGACAAUCCUUCUCCAUCUCACGUUAUGUGUGUGUGGGGGGGUCAACCUCAGGGGUAAGCCUAUUGAAAGCGUGCACCAUUCCUCUUCCCCUCCACCCAGCCUCUUUUCCUGAUGAUGUUGGUUACAGCUGUGUUUAAAGACAUGGCUCCAUGACCAGUAUGUAUAGGUUGGCCUUUGGGCCUAGUUUAUGUGUAACUCUGGUUCCCGGCAAUUUUUGCUUAAGCCCAGAUCAACUGCAGCCUGUGGGGGAGGAAGGGGCUGGUUAACCCCUUUGCCUCCAGCUUUUUUUCCCCUGCUCAAGCUCCCUCCUCCUCAUUGCCUUUUGCCCCAUAGGGAAAAACUCCCCUAUCUUCUGCAGGGCAAAAAGCAGCUGAGAGUGAGAGAAGCUGAGCAGGAAAACAGCUAAAUCAAAGGCUAAGCUAUGCCUCCCCUAUUCAGUCGAAACAGCAACAGCAGCCAUAGGUAUGAAGAUUGUGUAUAUUCUGAGCCUCAGCUCCCCCAUCCAGAAGGCAUGUUCUUGUCUUGUGCCUGCUGUGCCUCUUGUGCUCAUUAGGAAAUGCUCAGGCUUCGUAGCCACCGGCGUUGAUGUUGUGAUUGCAGGCAGGGCAACGUAGACUGACCGCAGUGUUGGGAGAGGAGUUGUGAAGGAGAAGCCACCAGCCCCCUUCUCUUUCCAUUGCAACUUGACAUUGGCUAGACCAAAAUGAAUCGGAGUACUGCCUACAUUGGGGGGGGGGGGCUUCCAGUACUGAAGUCCAAGGGCUCUCUGCCAUGUGGAUGUUCUCUGUAAAUUUGCUAAUGUGUCGUGUUGAUGGCCGAAGGGCAGCCCGGGGAGCUGAAGAAGUCAAUAGAAGUGAUAGCCAACAGGCUGUUGCGCAAGCCUCAUGACAUCUCUUGGGGCCCAGAUUCCUUCUUGUGCUGUAUUGAACCAGGCAGCCAGCCAUUGGGGCUAUUGAUAUGUACUCUAGUUUUCUUUUUCACUGUUUACAAACCAUUCAUGAAUAA